AUGCGUGCUGGGGGCCAGCGUCUAGCAACACGGUCAGAACCGCGGCACCUCGGUCCAUCGGCGGUGAGACCACAGAAGAAAUCUAUUGCAUGCUAUCGAUGCCAUUCACAAAAAAUCAAAUGCUCCGGGGAGAAGCCAUGCUUGAGGUGCCGCAGGGCUGGCUAUGCCGCGCAAUGCGGAUAUGCCAAUCGUGAUCGCAAAAUACGAGUUGAUGAAAGCUAUCUCGAGCAGCUUAUUCAAGAUAGCCAAGAACUCCGUGAACAACGAGCUCGCGAAAACGAAAGAGCACAUCAUACUACGGACGACACCACGACGCAACCUGCCGAGACUCCAGUGACUAAUUUUUACGAUCACGCAGUAAGCGAAACUCCAUGGUUUCAGUCUCAAGACACUUCUGUACUUCCGAUCUACAUUAAUGAAGCAGCUUGCACGACGUUCGCCACCCGGCUUUGCCAGUGUCUGCGGGGCACUGACGCCUCGAUACUACGCAUCCCGCAAUACCGGUAUACUAGUGAAUCCACAUUGACGUCCCUGCUUCAAGUGGAUGUGCAGUGGCCUAGCUUAGUACAUGCGACGUUGCUGGUGAAGACUGCGCUUUGCCAUAUUAAUCCGUCCUUUCACCUAGCAUUAAAAGGGGAAACGAUGAGCUCGCUCCAAGAUGUCUAUCGAACGGCAGACUUCAACAACCCGACCCUCCAAUGCAAAUAUUUUGCCCUGUUUGCUAUAGGUCAAGUCUACUCUACCCCUUAUAAUUCCAUCAACGCCUCGGCAGUGUCCGGUUCAACUUAUUUUGCUCAUGCUAUGAGUGUUAUCCGGUUCGUGCCGGAGCGGCCAAGCCUCAUCCACAUUGAGUGCUUACUUCUUCUUGCAUACUUUUGCCAAUUUCUGAACAGGUUCCACUCCGCCUAUCUCCUCGUUGGUAAUGCCUUGCGUCUCGGUCUCAGCCUUGGCUUAAACUAUAACGUCCCAAAAAGCCAACGUCUGCCCACGGUGGAAAGGGAGCAUCGUGUACGCAUAUGGUGGUCCAUCUAUGUUCUUGAUCGCUUCUGGGGAUCAAAAUCAGGAUUCCCUGUGCAAAUUCACGAUGACGAUAUCCAUGUUGAUCUGCCCUCAAGUCUGGUUUCUGAGACUUGCGGGGAACAGUUUGCAGCUAGCUCAUAUCAGGUAGCAGCCAUCGCGCUUGCCAAGAUUACAGGCAACACGACAAGAGAAAUUUAUAGCCGGAGGAAAUACACUGAGAGCUUCCUACAGCGCGAGCAGAAGCUUCUAAUCCAGCUGAAACGGUGGGUACAGUCUCUUCCUGAGGAUAUCAGGCUUCAUGCAGACAAGGUCAAUGCAAAGGACACUCUGCUUCUGCAUCUCCAGUUCAACUAUUGUGUAAUUUUGGCAAUUCGCCCUGUUCUGCUCAAUCUACUCAUCGGCCAUACAAAAAGUCAUCGCAUUUAUUCAACUGGGGAUGUUACUCCAAUUUUGGCUGCCUUGUGUGAGGCAUGCAUUCACGCCGCGAGAUAUUCUCUGAAGCUAUGUGUCGAUGAGUUCACAAAUGGGUCCAUUGCGAGCUUUGGCUACGCCUUUCCUGCAUUCAUUUUCUCCUCUGCAUUAGUCCUGGUUGUUUCAAGCAUCUUGCCAUUUGGGAGCGUGGAUGAUUUGCCGUCUGUUGAUACGGCAAUAGAAAUGCUGAACAUUCUCAGUGCUUCUGAUAAUCUGCCGGCCAAGGACCUACAUGAACAUCUCCAGAGAGUCCGACAGUGCCUGCAGCAUCAUCAAUCCAAUCUAACGUCGCCUAGUGGUACCUGCCCAUCUCUUGAUCAGCUUUCUCUCAAUCACGCGGCGCCUGGAUCCUCUGUCAUCGAUUUUGCACGCUCCAGUCUUACAACCGAAAUGGCUCUUCAAAAUCCCCUAAUGCAAGAGUUUAUGGAGCAGUCGUCAAUGGAUAUUGGGCUGAUAAAUCCUCCAGAGAUACAGAAUGACUCUGAUUUCGCCUUCCUCUGGUGUGCCGACGCCCUUGAUACAGAAUAA